GCGCAGUUUGGAUGACGGUUUGGUUGCUUGGCAACAGGAGAAGGACGCGGUCUCAGUGAAAGAUGAGGCUCAAACGGUUUCUGCUGCGGUACUACCCGCCAGGAAUCAUUUUGGAAUACGAAAAAGGAGGGGAGACAAAGAACAAAUCCAUUGAUCUGCUUGACUUGACUCCAGUUGCAGAUGUAGAUGCUGUGGUUGAGGAAAUCCAGAAGAUUGAACCACUCAUAACUGCAUCUCGCACAGAACAGGUGAAACAGUUGGUCCAGAGGCUUCAGGAAAAACUUGGUCAGCAUGAUGAUCACAAAUUCUACCUGUUUAAGGUACUUCGGGCACAUAUACUACCACUGACAAACGUUGCAUUCAACAAAUCUGGAUCAAACUUUAUUACAGGAAGCUAUGACAGGACUUGCAAAGUGUGGGAUACUGCAUCAGGAGAAGAGCUGCAUACACUUGAGGGACACAGGAAUGUGGUCUACGCUAUUGCUUUCAACAAUCCUUAUGGAGACAAGAUUGCAACUGGUUCAUUCGAUAAAACCUGCAAAUUAUGGAGCUCUGAAACAGGCAAAUGUUACCAUACAUUUCGUGGACAUACAGCAGAAAUUGUGUGUUUAUCAUUUAAUCCCCAAAGUACUCUAGUAGCAACAGGCAGUAUGGAUACGACAGCAAAGCUCUGGAACAUCCAAUCUGGAGAAGAGUCUGUUACACUAACAGGGCAUUCAGCUGAAAUCAUCUCUUUGUCAUUUAAUACAACAGGGGAUAAGAUUAUCACAGGUUCCUUUGACCAUACUGUUUCUGUGUGGGAUGUGGGAUCUGGCAGGAGAAUGCACACUCUGAUCGGACAUCGAGGUGAGAUCAGCAGUGCACAGUUUAAUUGGGAUUGUACACUCAUUGCUACUGGAUCAAUGGACAAAACCUGCACACUUUGGGAUGCUGUCAGUGGAAAAUGUGUGGCAACAUUGUCUGGACAUGAAGAUGAAGUACUGGAUGUUUGCUUUGAUUACACAGGGCAGCUUAUAGCGACUGCAUCAGCUGAUGGUACUGCGAGAGUUUAUAGUGCAGCAAGUCGCAAAUGUAUAGUGAAGCUAGAAGGUCAUGAAGGAGAAAUCUCCAAGAUUUGUUUCAAUCCUCAGGGCAGUCGCAUUCUUACAGGCAGUUCUGAUAAGACAUCCAGGCUCUGGGAUCCUCGCACAGGCCAGUGCCUUCAGGUGUUAGAAGGUCAUACUGAUGAAAUUUUCUCAUGUGCUUUUAACUAUGAAGGGAAUGCCAUCAUCACAGGAAGCAAGGAUAACACUUGCAGAAUAUGGCGGUGAAUGAAGAUGGAGUUAUGACAACUAACUUCGUAAAUUCACACUGAUAAACAUCGAAGAAUGCUGUUAUGUUGUUCUAAAGUAGAGUCUAUACUAUUUCAGACAUUCAUCGUCUCAAAGGACUUAUAAAAAUAUCAAAGCAACAUGUUCAGUUUCUUUGUUAUGUACAAUAUUAUUGCAAAGUAGUACCAAAUAAGAUACGUCAGCUCAUCAGAGAAUCAUCUUUGAUAAAGUAUGAGCUGCACUUCUAACUGCAACAAAGCUCUAAAACCACAACAAUUUGUUUUUUUUUUCCUUUUUACCAAGGUUCGUUAGAAUUUGAAGCUUUAAUGUGGUUAAUACAUGUUUUAACAGUUCUGAAAUUUGCAAAUAUUAAAAAACUAUAUUUGAUAGUGUUUGAUCAUUAUGAGUUAUUGCAAAUAAAUUCAAUACUUUUAUAAAGUACCACAAUUACUCUGAAGUAUUAUGCCUUAGUAGCUAACCAUCCAAACCUCCUUCAAUUUGUUUACAAAAUAAAAAUAUAACUAGGAGUUCUUCAUUUAGAUGUCAUGCUGUCUUCUUUAAUCCUACCCACAAUGAUAUCCAAAGCUAAUUAGAAAACAGUUAUGACCGACAUUCAAUGUUUAUGAAUGCAUGCUCCAGCAGGGAAUCUCGCUUACCAGCUAUUUAAGUAACAAAUCACAGGCUUUUCCUAGUCUUAAAAUUAAGAAGUGGAAAAUCACAAGGAACUCAUUCACAGCUUCUUUUCAUGUAUAGUCACCAACUGAGGGCCAAUUUUAAGAGUGUGCAUUUGUUCUGCAUUGUAAAAGCACAAUGGUUGCAUGUGAUAGGUUGAAGAUGAACUUUAUUGGUCCUUCCCACAUUCAUAGUAAUGUUGUCAUCGAAAACAAACAUUGA